AUGAAGUUCACUUCUGCUCUCGUCGUUCCUCUCAUCCCCGCACUGUCUUCGGCAGCUGCACUCGGUCGCCGCCAGAAUCAGCAAGGUGAUGGACCUCAGGGUGGCGCAGAUGCUACACAGGGCGACCUUAGUGGACGACCACUACCACGCUUCCCCUUCCCUCGAGUUGAGUUCCCUGUCCCUACAGAGACAGUUGUGCUCAAUCAGACCAUGUACAUCUACCCUGGUCAGAUCUUUGAUGGGCAGAUGAAACGCUAUGAGCGUGUGGAGGGUAGCUGCAACGAACAGGCCGAAGGAACUGAUGCCGACGCUGUCUUCAACCUCAUGAGUGGAGCCACUAUCAGGAACGUCAUCAUUGGCCAGCACCAAUCGGAGGGCAUCCACGCCCUGGGUGAUGCUUGGGUUGAGAAUGUGUGGUGGGAAGACGUCUGUGAGGACGCCCUGACCUCCAAGGGCCUCAAUACUCAGCUCCGAGUCAUCGGCGGCGGAGCCCGCAACGCUCAGGACAAGAUCUUCCAGGACAAUUCGCUCGGUGGCAAAUUCAACAUCACUGGCUUCUACGCUGAAACCUUUGGCACCUUCUACCAGUCCUGCGGAAACUGCCUUAACCAAGCCAAGCGCAACGUCACCAUCCAGAACGUCAUUGCCAUCAACGGAACGCGCAUGGGCAUAAUCAACCCCAACUUCGGCGACGAGUACCGCAUCAAGAACUCGCAAGUUCAGGACGUCAAGUUCAUGGUCGACAAGGAGAUUGGUAACAACGUCCAGACGGUGCCUUACACUGUCGGCACCGGACCAGACGAGAAAUACGCUCUGUACAACAUGACUCGCGACCACAUCACUGGCUUCAACGGAACUGCCACAAAUGUUUAUGAGCCUGAGCAGCCGUACGAGUGGCUGUCCGAGUUCUGGCCUGAGAAGUAG